AAGAAAAGAAAAGAUCGUAAAGAGGAUAUUUAAUAAAAGUUUGUAGUCUGUUUUCUUUAAAAACUUGAAAUAUCCCGCGACGCUUCUAGGAGUUUGCCAGAGCGCCGCGGUGGACAAUCUGUGAAACAUGUUGCUAAGCUACAUACCGACUGAACGGUCGAUAAAACGUUAUCAUCGCACCAGCAGACGUUUACAACGGUUUGGUCCUGUCGCCACUAGAUGGCUGUACCGUUGCAUUUGUCUUAGCUUUGUAGAUAAUGUAGAUCGUUAUUUAAAUUCUCGUAAUGUGUAUUACACGAUACAUUCGUUAACUCGACUGCAAUGUUACACUGUUUCGCUUAUAAAUCACAGAAAAUAACUAAAUAUAAAUUUCCUGAGAAACACGGACUACUAUUACUUCGUAAUCGAACGGGCGAAAGAACGCAUGCGCGGCGGGAGAAACAAGAACGGCCGGCCAGAGAAAUCGUGGUUUAGUUUAGUCUUCAGUUGUGCGCCACACGGCAAUGGCGAGUGUCGUCAGUGUUUAUUUGUUGUCGUUCGCAUCUCGCCGGUCGGUUGUAUCGUAUUGUUCGAAAAACCCAACGCGAGUGCACGUAAAUCAUUAAGGCGAGGACGAUCCGCCGACGCGCCUGUAAUUUCGCAAACUCCCCAGUGCAACGAUCUAACAGGAUUCCGGAUGAUCAACAAGUGAUCCAACAUGGCGUCGACCGAUCUGUCGUUCGAUUCUUUCGGUUAAUAUUUUCAAUGCGUGAAAGUGUGACACACGUAAUUUCCCGCGAAGUGAUGCCGUUUUAUUUUGCUUUCCGUCGGCGCACGGAACCACCAGGCUGCAUACCACCGUUCUACAGAGAAGUCUACGAGAAGAUUUGCUCUCCCACGAGUGGAAAUGUGGAACGAGAGGUGUUUAAAUCCCUUCUUGUCAAGUCCCAGCUGAGUAGCUCCGUUCUCAGUCAGAUAUGGGAACUCGUGGACAGCAAGACGGGUUACCUGACCAGGAGUGGAUUGUACAAGGGCCUCGCUCUAGUCGCAUUUGCUCAGCAAGGAAAGCAACCAAGCGACAAACUGUUGGAGAAUUCUGAAUCUCAAGAUCUACCUGUUCCGACUCUGUGCGACCUGUCGGAAGUAACGCUUCUGGCUCAAAGGCUGCACAAAGGCAGCAAUCCCGCUAAAUUGAAUCUCACGUACUCGGAUAUCUGUAAUCUGGACACGAUAGAAGUUAACUUGGUACCAGAGAAGAAGGGGAUUUUUCUAAAACACGUGGAGUACCAAGUGACGAGCAAGAGAUUCAAUUCCGUGGUUUAUAGACGCUACAAUGACUUCGUAUCGUUGCACGAGCUCCUCCUGGCAAGAUUUCCGUACAGGUUGAUACCGAAGUUACCACCGAAGAAGAUCGUGGGAGCGGACUCGCAGUUUUUGGAAGAAAGGAGACGAUCCCUCCUGAGAUUCCUGACUGUGAUCGCUCGCCACCCGGUAGUGAGCAAAGACCAUAUCGUGCAAUUUUUCUUCACCUACACCGGCGAGGAGACGCAGCACAAAAUUCGCGAAGUAUUCAGGCGAGUGCCAGACGAAUUCGCCACGUCGGAACUGUCCUCUAAAGCGAAAGAGUUAGUGCCGCCGGAGACGUUGACUGAAUUCGCGAACAGUCGUGACCAGAUCAGGGUGAUACUGCUUGGCAUCUCCCGGCUGAAAAACAUCGCCGAUUGCCUGGCAAUUAGGUCUCAUAGCUACGCGGUAGACAUGGCGGAAUUAGGCACGCAACUGAACAAUUUAGCCUCGGAGCCGCACGGUACCACUGCUUGGGCCACUGGUGGAUCUACCAUCUGGCAAGAGAUGAAAAAGGGUUUCCAUAUCAUUUCGAAAGAAUUCAACUUACUCUCCACGAGAGCACUCCAACAAGCAGUCAGAGAAGAAACAAUGGUCUGCGAAAGGCUGAAUCUCCUUCUAGAUAUUUUGGUGGCGCACAGAAUACUAUGCGAGAGGCACGAACGCGGAGUCAGCGCUGAUCAUCAACGCGCGUUAUCCACGAUGCUGUCGUUAAAGAAACGCCAAAUGCAAGGAGUUAUUCGCGGUACCGAUACCGACACCGUCGAGUAUCUGGAGAACAAGAUGGUCGCUCAGGAAUCCGUGAUUGCCAAUGUCGAGUUACGGAAUUGUUUUUCAUUGCACUGUUUACACAUGGAAACGCAACUCGUCCACGCACAUUUGGAGAUACUGGCAACUGUUUUGCAGAGUCUUGUGAAUGUGCAAAUACGCGGGCACUCCGAGCUUGCCGAAGUGUGGAAGUUGAUAGAACCGACGAUCAUGAAAUGUUUACCAGAAAAAUCAACGAAUGGAUCGAACGGAAUUUCAUAAAAGAAGAAAGAGUUUCUUUCACGCUGAACACUCGCGUGUUUCGUGAUUAAAUCUGGUGUACAAGGUAAUGCUCGUUAUUAUAAGGUAAUUGUUAAGUGAACGAAGACUUGCAAGAUAUUAUAAUUUAAAAUGCGUACGUUUAAGAGAAUGUUGAAUACAUAUCUGACGUGUUUUACGGACAGUGUUGAUAAAUGUCAAUAAGUUUUAAUGAAAAUUAGGUGCAAUAAUAUUACACUCGGUGAAGUAUAUGUAAACACGGUAUUUUGUGUAUACUAUGCGUAUGUCUCGACAUAUACAAUUCGAAGACUUUUUAGACAUUCCUUGUUGUGUACUUAAUAUAUUUUAUGAUCUGAUUGAUAUUCGCGAGAUGGACAACCAUGUUCUGUUGUGUAUAUAAUAAGUUACGCUUUCUUUUGUAAAAACGCACAAUAUGUGAAACACGUUUGUAUAAAAGAACAAACCGAUUGUAAAUAAUUUGGUUACUGAGAUGCUAUGUUUUUAUAUGAGUUAGAAGUCUGGCGAGUUUUAACAUGAUUUCCGUAUACCAUGUUGAUCGUGGAUACUCUGAAUAUUUCACACAUUUAAAUGCGAUACUCGCCUUUGCAUAAUAGUAAUGAAAUAUAUUGUUAUUAUAUAAUCGCA